AUGCCGGAUUGCCGUUGCAGCAGAUUUUCGGACGCGUUUCAGGACAGCUAUGAUUUGCGCAUUUCGUUCAACGACGUCAUCCUUGCUGCCGGGGACGAUGGCGAGGCCAUCCUCGGCUUUGCGAGCCGGCGCCUGCCUGAGCUCAGCGUGGUGAACGCGGCCACCGCGGUCCACCGCCUGGCCAAGUGCCAGCGGCCCAAGACGCAUUGGGAAGCCAAGCAUGGCUGA